AUGGCGGACGGACUAAAGCGCUACACCGAUCAAAGGACAAAUCCUUGCAUUGCGGAAUCACAAGCGUCCAUGAAAUGUUUAGAUGAAAACAACUACGACAAGACCAAGUGCAAAAUGUAUUUUGAAGCGUACAAGGAGUGCAAGAAAGCUUGGAACGAAAGAAAGGCUGUUAGGAGAAGACAAGGGCUCCCUCCAAAUGACCCAGCAGCUGUGUAGACUUGUACUUUAUAAUCAUCAGAGCAGCUUCAGAACAAUCUCCGAAAAAUCCUUGAAGGUUUAAAGGCUUUAAGAGGCAAAUGAACAUCAACAUUGAGAUGGAGAUAAGCGAAAGGAAAAAUGAACUGCGGGCCGAUUUGCAAUUGAGAAGGAAGACAAUGAAGGGUACUGGAACCUCAGCUUCUGUUGUUUUCUAAAUUAUCGAAAAGGCGAUUCUUUGGGUGUAUUCCCUCUUGCAGUGAGAUACGGAAUGUAAGGGUCUUUAAUUUGUAAAAUUUGACAUAUGAAACCCAGUAUAUUUUGAGGUCACUGAAGAACAAAAAUAUUUAUUGACAAAAACAUUGUUAUCUAAGCUCAAAUGAAGCAGGCUCUGAAGUGAAAUAUGUAUGGAUAAACGGAAAGGUUUUCUUAUGUAAUAAAUUUUUCUACGAAUUGCCUCUACUGUCAUGAGAUCCUGGUUCAGGGCUGCAAAUAACAGUCGCUCAUCGGAUAUUGACCAACCAAAAUUUGCUAGUGUCCGAUGAGAUCUCACUUGUGUUUGGACAUUAUGUCGGGAGAAUUUUUUUGUCGUAAAUCAUUCUACGGUAAGGAAGAAUGAAAAUCUACCUCGGGUAAAUCUUACUUUGUGUUAGGACAAUCUUGAGGUCAUGAAACAACAAUGACUUGGGUAAAUGAAGAUUUCUUUUACAUUAGCAUAGUAUGUCCUCUGUUUCACCUGAUAUAAAGUUCAACCUUUUUUUGGUGAUGUCCAACCAAAAUUUUUUUUCGUCUGACCAAGAUGGUGUCUUAGUAGGACAUAUAUCCUUUCAAGAGAAAAAUAUUAUUUGCAACCCUGCUGGUUAAUACUAUCAGCCAAAGAUUUUUUUUCUAUGUACCCAAUGGAUAUCUGAUUUUUUAAUAAUUUUUAUUCACGAGAUACAAUGAUUUUUUUAGUGUACAUCACAGCUAUAUUCUCCCCUUGGACGGCAAGAGCCAGGUGAACAGAAAUAGCUUUCAGUCAUCUGUGCCUAUUUGCAAGGCAAAGCAAGGCUGUGCUCUUGCAGAGCCAAGUGGCCCCUUGUUGUUAACUUUUGCUCUUGGGCAUCUUGAAUCAUUUUGCCAGGCACCCUGGAUUUUACAUGUUCUGAGCACUGGGCUCCCUUCACUUUUUCUUAGAGCACAGCUUUGCUAAGGAAGUACCUUUUUCCUUAGAUAUUCUAGACCCUGAGCUCAGUGUGGUCUGGCCUCGGGAAUCGAACCUGCAACCUCCCAUUCUGCAGGCUUUGUUACUAGCUCCCUUAGAGACGUCCAACAAAUUACACUCGUGUGCAGAGAGCCUUGUCCCAUCAUCCUUCCAUUAUGGUCACUAGCUGAAACUUUGAUGUAG